AUGACGUCAUUAGAACAACCAAGCAGAAGGCGAUAAGACCGUCAAAAAAGCGAAACACACAAGCACGAGUGAGAGAGAGAGAGAGAGAGAGAGAGAGAGAGAGAGAGAGAGAGAGAGAGAGAGAGAGAAGAGAAGCAAGCAAAAGCAAAGCAGAGUGCUGCCCCUCCAUCAACACAGAUACACAGAGAACACCAAUUGCCUUGACCACGCCAGAUUGAAAAAAAAACGAAAGCAUCCUGAUCUCCGAUUUCUUGUCUACGUUUGAUCGUCAACAUGUCGUACGCCUACCUCUUCAAGUACAUCAUCAUUGGUGACACGGGCGUCGGAAAAUCUUGUCUCCUACUACAGUUUACAGAUAAAAGAUUUCAACCUGUGCACGAUCUCACCAUUGGAGUUGAGUUUGGUGCUCGUAUGAUCACUAUCGAUAGCAAACAAAUCAAGCUUCAGAUUUGGGAUACAGCUGGUCAAGAAGCAUUCCGUUCAAUCACUAGAUCUUACUAUCGUGGUGCUGCAGGAGCCCUAUUAGUUUAUGACAUUACUCGCAGAGAAACUUUUAAUCACUUGACAACGUGGUUGGAAGAUGCAAGACAACACUCAAAUUCCAACAUGGUUAUUAUGCUAAUUGGCAACAAAAGUGAUCUGGAUGCUCGAAGAGAAGUUAAAAGAGAGGAAGGGGAAGCUUUUGCCAGAGAGCAUGGACUUGUUUUCAUGGAAACCAGUGCAAAGACUGCUGCGAACGUAGAAGAAGCUUUUAUCAAUACUGCUAAAGAAAUUUAUGAGAAGAUUCAGGAAGGUGUAUUUGAUAUAAAUAAUGAGGCCAAUGGUAUCAAGAUUGGGCCAUCUCACUCACCGACAAGUCCAGGAGGUAUAGCUGGAGCAGGAGGUCAAGGUAGUUUACAAGGCGGUGGCUGCUGCUAGGGGCUUGGGUUGAAAUGUCCACAACUGAAUCCCUCUACGAUCUGAACUGAUUAUCUCAUUCCUGCUCUUUGUUUUUCACAGGGAAGCGCCUAUAUUGUUAACUUGAUUUGUCCGUCGUGUUUGAGAUAAUGAGUGAUACAUAGGCAAUGAACUUAUAUUAUUUAGUAGAGGAAACGUUUUUAAGAAUAGAACAUUAUUAUGAAACAACUCACUAUAGUUACGACGCGGGUAGACACAAAUCAAGCUUUAUUUUACAGAUUUUUGCAAUUUGCUUUUCUCUUAUUUGUCUUUGUCAUUCAAAGAAGCAAGGUAUUUGUGAGAUAGGUUCAAUUGUGUGUGAAUUUAAUUUAAGUAAAUAUUUAAAAAGUGUAUCGUAAUGCGAUUCUCACGGCAAUGAUUAGUUUUGUUUUUAUGACGGCUAGAUUCGUCGAUUGACGGUCUAUUCUUUUUUUUUUUUUCAAUCGUAUUUCGCGGUGUCGUUUAAUUUUGAAGCAGGAAUGUUAGUUCAUGCUCGUUAAUCUUACACAAGUUUUAUGUAUAUGUAUGUAUUAUUGCUGUACCAAAAUGACUAAUAUAUAAAAAAUUUCAAUCAUUAUUACCUCGGAAUCAGAAAAAGAAAAUUAUAUGUGCGAGGCGUCGAAAGGAAAAAAUUCAGAUUGAGCUUAUAGUAAAUUUUGCUUUUAUGCCAAUUUUACAUUUUUAAAUACGUGAAAUUUCUUUUGAUGGGUUAUAUAAGUUCAAUUGCUUUCGGUGCCUUGUCAGCGCGAUGAUAAACAAUGUGCAAAGAACUAAGUUUCAAGAAUUACGGUGAUCGUCUUUGGUUACCUAGAUGUCAAUUGGUCGUGACGAUUUAUUUUAGGUGGGUUAUUUUAAGUGGAUACUACGUUUAUCAGUGUCAAACAAACAAACAAAAAAUGAAAUUUACAGCUGUUGCACGUUAUUUUGCAUACACAAAUUGUAACAUAUUGUUAAGUACUUGAUGCUACUUGGCAUAUCUUUAAAUGACAUUUCAUGGACAAAGAAUCUUCUACGAUGAUGUUUGUUUUUUAUUGACUCCAUAGUUAUGUAGUAUAAAAAACUAAUCUAUUCAUUUUCUCUUGCUGUAAUAAAAAAUCACUAGUCAGGCGAAAUAUUAUUCACUUGAAAUUCGUGAAGAUCCAAUGCAGAAGAAAAAAUUAUGACAUGUAUACUUAAGUAAUUACGAUAAUAAACAUAUUGCAUAUAUAAUAAAUCAAGAAAAUCGAGUGAACAAAAAAGAUUUUCUUACGAGGUUCUUUUUAUUAUUUAGCUUCUGUAAAACAAAACGACAAGUAAUUAUAUACUUUUUGGUACAUAAAAGGAUAAAAAAUGUAUGAAGAUCAUGCCAGUAGAGUUUAAAAGUGUUUCAUAUAUUUGUACAUCUAAUACGGUAUUAUCUUAAAUUGUUACAUAUAAAUUGCUUUAUAAAUACGAAAAUAUACCAAGCAUGGCUUCUUGGAUAAAAUCUUCAUCAUGCUAAUAUUCGAAAAUUAAUUUAUUACGACAUUUAUCUGUCAAACUUUCAGUCCUACAUAUAAUAUAGAGU